GGAUUGCAAGGCGAGAGAGAAGCCUGCCUCUUGGGCAGCUGAGAAAUGCUUAGGAGUCUCUUUGUUUGGCAACCGCAAGGCAGCAACCAACUCCCUUGCGGGGCGGGAACAGGAUCCGCCUUCGCCUCCAUCCAGAGUCAUGCCCAUCCGUCUGGCACCUUUUAAAAGGCGACCGUCCCAGCUUCUCCAUGGGGAAAAGAGGGGGAACCUUCUCACGGCUCAGGAGACCUCUGAAGCUGGCCGUUGCCGCAGAGGACGAGGCUCCUUCCCACAGCAUCCUCUCUCACCUGUCGCAGGAAUCCAACCCUGAGAGAUGUCGCUGCCUCUGGAAAACCCUCCGGAUGGGGGCUGGGGUUGGUUGAUCGUCCUCUCGGGAUUUCUGGCCAACUCCCUCACUUACGGGGUUUUGAGAUCUCUGGGUAUCCUCUUUGAAGAACUGGUGGAGGCUUUCGACGCCAGCGCUGCCCAGGUCUCCUGGGUGACGGCCAUCGCCUUGGCAACCCAGCAGCUGGCUAGUCCUGUUGGCACGGCUGCUAGCAUGCGGUUCGGAGCUCGUCCGGUGGUCAUGCUGGGCGGCCUCCUCUCCUCUCUGGGCGUCUUCUGGGCUUCCUUCAGCACCAGCUUACUCCAGCUGUAUCUCACCCUGGGCUUUCUGACAGGUUUCGGCUGGGCGCUGGCCUUUGCCCCCGUCAUGGGCACCCUCUCGCGCUACUUCUCGUCUCGGCGUUCCCUGGCGAUGGGCCUGGCACUGAUGGGCAACGGACUGUCCUCCUUCGCCUUCUCCCCGCUGCUCAGGCUCCUGGCUGACUCCCUGGCGUGGCGAGGGGCUCUGCUCGCCACCUCCGCCCUGGGCCUCCACCUCUUGGUCUGCGGGGCCCUCCUGCGCCCGUUGAGCCUGCGGGGCGACCUCUCGCACUCGGGACCGGGCUUCGAUCUGGGCCUGUUCGCCGAGAGGGGCUUUGCAGCCUUCUCCCUCGGCGCCGCCCUACUGGCCGCUGGCUACUUCACGCCUUAUGUCCACCUGGAGCCCUACGGCCGAGCGAUGGGCCUCGGACCCUACGAAGCCGCCGCCGUUGUGUCUGCGGCCUCCCUCUCGGACGCUCUGGCCCGGCUGCUGGCCGGCGGCCUGGCUGACCGGCGCCUCCUGUCCCCGGCCCGCCUCCUCGUCCUCUGCAGUGCGCUGACCGCCUGUAGCCUCCUCCUCUUCCCGCUCGCCUCGUCCUUCGCAGAUGCCCUCGGACUGGCCCUGCUCUAUGGCACAAGCGCGGGCAGUUUUGCCACAGUGGCCUUUGGGGUCUUGCCCGAGAUCGUCGGCGUGUCACGCGUGGUCAAUGCCACGGGGCUGUGUCUGAUGGCCAUGAGCGUCGGGGGGCUGCUAGGCCCGCCUCUCUCUGGUUUCCUGAGGGACCUGACAGGAGACUUCACUGCCUCGUUCCUGGUCGGAGGGUCCUUCGUCCUCUGCGCCAGCGGGGUCUUCGCUGCCCUCCCCUCCUUCUGCCCUGGCUGCUGCAAGGACGAUGCCCAUCGCAGGAGCCGGGGAACCCUUGGCUCGGUCCCCUCUCUGCUGCCUUCUCCCCUCACAAGCAAAUGUUCGCAGGUAUGAAGAAAGAAAAGAAACACGUCUUCCCUUCUCAAGCAUUGACACAACAACCGAACUUCAGCCGUGAGCGCCUGUUUUUCACCGCAGAGGCCAAAAAGUUGGCAGAGUUGUCUCAUAUCUUAAAUCUGGAAGAGAGACUGUUUCUCAGACACUAAUCCACAAACUGGAAAGGUUUCAGAGGAUUUGAGAAUAUCUCUUUUGCCCAUGCAGGUGAUUAUUAUGAUUAUUAUUUUAUCAAGGCUGGAGUUCGAAGGCUGGAUAAGCCUGCCAUUUUCACA